UUAAGGUUACUGCUCGUUUACUUUCGAUAUUAACCGAUUUGGACCUGAUAGCUGAAGCAUACUGAUUUUGGUGCUCGCAACUAAAUCAACAAACAUGAGGGCAGUCAUCACUGUCGCCCUGUUCUGUAUGCUGUACAUCACUGUCCAAGCUAAAACAUCCAGUCCCAAGGUUCAGGUGUACAGCCAUUAUCCUGGAGAGUAUGGAAAGGAGAACACCCUAAUCUGCCACGUGAGUGGCUUCCACCCUCCAGAUAUCACCAUUGACCUGCUGAAGGAUGGUGAAGUUCUUUCUAACACGCAGCAAACUGACCUGGCCUUCGAAAAGGGCUGGCAGUUUCACCUCACCAAGAGCGUCUCCUUCAAACCAGAGAGAGGAGAAAAGUAUAUCUGCAGAGUUCGACACAUGACCAACACAAAUAGCUAUUCAUGGGAGCCCAACAUGUAAACUAAAACAGUCAAAGCCGGACAAAGGACAGUUAACUUCUCAUGUUUUGGACUUUUCCAUCAUUUAUGCUACAGAAACCAAAAAUAUCCUACUGUUCCAAUUUUACAAACCCGAUGUCUCUCAAGAUGCACUAUUCACACAAAUAUCUUUGCAACUUCCGCAAUUCAUCAAUUUUUUGCUUUUCCUUUUCCAUGAGAGCAUGGCAUAAUUUAACCAAAGUAGCCGCUACAUGUUUUGGAUCAUUAUCUGGGUUCUUUUCACUGCUUCAUUCCUCUCCGCAUGUGUAAAUCCUGUGUAGUACGAGCGGUAGUAGUUAGGCGAUUGUAUAUGUAAAAUAAUUGACAAUGUUUAUGCCUAUCUUUGGGCUUUAUUUUGUAAUUAAAUACAAAUAACACAAUCAAAUCUCUCUUGAAAGAGUUGGAAACCAGGUUUUUAAUGAAUGAUUCAAUUUGACAAUGUUUCAGAGAAAAUGUAAUUAGUAAGUGGUAAAAAUAAAAUUUUGAAAACCUAUUGAAA